AUGUUCCGUCACUUAGGUUCCAGUAGAUUCCGAUGCGCUUAUGUAGUACUUUUGAUGGCACUGUAUUGGAUGGUCGAACCCAUCAGUCUAUACGCCACUGCAUUAAUGCCGGUCGCUCUCUACCCAUUACUUAAUGUUAUCAGCACAGCUCAAGCGACAAAUAUGAUGUUUGUCGGGGGACUACUGAUGGCAAUAGCCAUAGAACACAGUAAUCUUCAUAAAAGGAUUGCAUUAAAAACACUUCUUCUCGUCGGCACGAGUGUUAACAGAAUAAUGUUUGGCAUAAUGAUGGUCACAAUGUUCCUCUCCAUGUGGAUCAGUAAUACGGCCACCACUGCAAUGAUGGUACCAAUUGUUGAAGCAAUGCUUAAAGAAUUAGAUGAAUCGCCUGAAGUACAGCCAAAGAAUACAAAUCAUGACAAACAAAAAACAGCGACAAUAAGAAAAGCAUUAUUGCUUUCGAUCGCAUACUCAGCUAAUAUUGGCGGCACUGGGACUCUGACGGGAACGGGAACUAAUCUGGUAUUGACCGGAAUCUUUGACGAUCUAUACCCCAAUAGCAAAGAUCUGACAUUUACGCGAUGGUUCGCUUACGCGGCGCCGGGAAUGUUGAUCUGUGUAUUGGCCGCCUGGAUAUUCCUAUAUCUGAGUCACCAAAACUUGAUUUCAUAUUCUGCUCAUCAAAUCACUAGUAAUAAAGAUAUGGACGAAUCGAAGGACAAGAUUAAAGAAUUGAUUGAACGAAAACAUAAAGAAUUGGGUUCUCUCUCGUGA